AUGGCUUUGUCAUUUACAGCUGUUAUGAAUCUUUUGUUUACAAUAUUACUCGCACAAGCAACCAUCAAUGUGAGUUAUGGAAGCAGAAGUGAUGAUGUAGUAUGCAUUCUGAGUGAGCAAAACGCAUUGUUGACUUUCAAGCAACAUCUUGUUGAUCCUUCUAACAUGCUUUUAUCUUGGGACCCUACCCAUGAGAACUGCUGCAAAUGGGGUGGAAUUGUCUGCAACAAUUUAACCGGCCAUGUUGAAGAGCUCCACCUUCGUGAUUGUUGGUUACAAGGCAAGAUAAAUUCCUCGUUACUUGGUUUGAAGCAUCUGAGCUACCUCGACCUCAGCAACAAUGACUUUAAGGGGAUUCAAAUUCCCAACUUCAUGGGUUUACUUGUGAGUUUAACAUAUCUUGACCUCACAAAUGCUGGCUUUGAGGGAAAAAUUCCUCACCAACUAGGAAAUCUCUCAAGUUUGACACAUCUUGGUCUUGGGGUUUUGUACGCGUAUGCUGAGAACCUUGGUUGGCUUUCUGGUCUUUCUUCACUACAGCACUUGGACAUGAGCAACGUGAAUCUUAGUAAAGCUUCAGACCAUUGGUUGCAGGUAAUAAACCGGCUAUCUUCUUUGUCAGAAUCACACUUGCCCUGGUGUGAGCUCUCUCAUAUUAUUCCUAAUAAUUCUGUGUUUUAUGCUAAUUUUACAUCCCUUUCCGUCCUAGAUAUUUCAUGGAACAAUUUUAAUUCUUUCAUACCGGAAUGGAUUUUCAACAUUAACAGUUUGAUGUAUGUUGAUCUAAGCUCCAACAAAUUUGUAGGCCCAUUUCCCAAAAGUUGUUGGAAUUUGACUCGUCUGAAAAGCCUUAAUGUUGCUUCUAAUGAUAUGAAUUCUUCUUUAGCCAUUUGGUUAUCUGGUCUGAGUAGUAGUAGUAGUAGUCUAGUGUCUCUUGAUCUAAGUUUCAACUCUUUACAAGGUGUACUUCCAUGUAGCAACCAAAACUUGACUGCUCUUAGAUAUCUUUAUUUGACUGGAUGUCAAUUAAAUUCAACGAUCAUUUCAAGUGGCUUUUUGAAUGAUUUGGUCAGGCUUGAAUACCUCUUCCUUGACAAUAAUAACAUAGAGGGUGUAAUCUCAAGUGCAAUUCAAAAUCUUAAGUCACUUGUUCAACUUGAGUUGUCCCAAAAUUCACUUAAAGGGGAAAUGCCUACAUUUGUGGGAAAUCUUGUGUCACUCGUUUAUCUUGACUUGUCAUUUAAUUCACUUGAAGGGGAAAUACCUACAUCUUUGGGAAAUCUUUGCAAUCUGUCAGAUCUUUCUCUGGGAGGUAAUAAAUUUGGUGGGAAGGUCUCAAAUGCUUUUGAUAGCUUGUUGUCAGUUGGAUGCCUUUCAAAUAGUUUAACAUCACUGGACUUGAGUGAAAAUUCCUUUACUGGUCGGUUGACGGAUCAAAUUGCCAAAUUCAAAAAUCUAGUCAGCCUUGACCUUAGGGAUAACCAUAUUUCUGGUCAUAUUCCAGAGUCACUGGGGAAAUUAACAGCUUUACAAAGACUAUCAAUUGGUGGCAACCAAUUGAAUGGAUCUCUUCCAGAGAGCCUUGGUGGUCUAUCAGAUUUAACUUUCCUUAACAUUUCUUGGAAUCAUUUAGAAGGUGUUGUUACCCAAGUUCACUUUGCAAAUCUCACUAAUUUGGAGCAUUUAUAUGCUUCUAGAAAUUCAAUGAGUCUAAGAGUAAGUCCCAAUUGGAUUCCUCCUUUUCGUCGUUGCCGUAAUGUUGAAUUAGAAUCAUGGAACUUGGGGCCUACAUUUCCAAUGUGGCUUAAAACACAAACAGUAGUGGACAUGGAUUUAUCCAACACUCAACUUUCAGGCAUCAUCCCCAGUUGGCUUUCCAGCUUGACCAUUGUAUACUUAAACAUCUCUCAUAACCGGCUCUCUGGGAGAAUUCCUGAUAUUCUUCAUAUUGAUACACCUUACUCAAUGGUUUCCAUGAGUUCCAACAUGCUCAGUGGCCCACUACCUCGAAUCACUUCUGGGUUGGCAGAGCUAGAUCUUUCUAAUAAUUCUUUCUCUGGGGGUAUUUAUCACUUUCUGUGUCAUCCCUUGGCUACACCAAACCAUCUAUCAGUACUUCAUUUCGGGGGAAAUCAUUUCUCAGGAAACAUUCCUGAUUGCUGGAUGCAUUGGCCUGAAUUAAAAGCCAUAAAUUUGGAUGACAAUAAUCUGACUGGGAAAAUUCCAACCUCUGUGGAAUCUUUACGAGGCCUGUUAUCAUUGCAUUUGCGCAACAAUAGUCUCUCUGGAGAAGUUACUCCAUCCCUACAGAAUUGUAAGCAGUUAAGAGUUCUUGACCUUGGUCUAAAUGAGUUGAAUGGAGCCAUUCCAAAAUGGAUGGGAACAAGUCUUUUGAAUCUAACCAUUCUCAUUCUUCGUUCAAACAAGUUGAGUGGUCAUAUUCCAUUUGAGCUAUGUAGGCUCACUGCACUUCAAAUCUUGGAUGUUGCCGAUAACAAUUUAUCGGGAUCUAUGCCAAAGUGUUUUGACAAUUUAAAAGCCAUGACCAUCAAACAAGUACUGAAAGAUGUCAUCUCUUAUUCCAACUUUGUUGGUUAUUUCUUCGAGCAAGUAAUGGUGGUGACAAAAGGCAGAGAAGAUCAAUAUGACACCAUCUUGCCACUUGUAAAUAGUUUGGACCUUUCAAGCAAUAAACUCACAGGAGAGAUCCCACGACAACUUACAACUCUCCAGGGAUUGAUAUCUCUAAAUCUGUCAGGAAACUUCUUGAAAGGAAGAAUUCCGGAUUGCAUUGGCAACAUGGUGUGGUUGGAAUCUCUUGAUUUAUCAAGAAAUCGACUUUCUGGUAAUAUUGCUCCAAGCAUUUCAAGUUUAACUUACUUGAGUUACUUGAACUUGUCUUACAACAAUUUGUCAGGAAAAAUUCCAUUAAGCACCCAACUCCAGAGUUUUGACGCUUCUAGCUUCAUCGGCAAUGAACUCUGUGGACAGCCACUCUCCAACAUCUGUGACGAAGACCAGUCAAAACCCACUAUCAACAAUGGAGCACAGAAGGCAGAUGAUGGAGAUGAAGUUGGCCGCUGGUUUCAUUUGGGCAUUGGAACAGGUUUUGCAGUAGGAUUCUUUGGUGUCCUUGCUCCAUUACUCUUCUCCACAACCUGGAGGCAUGCUUAUUUUGGCUUUUUUGGUUGCUUGUGGGACGAAAUUCUAUACAAGUACAAUAGCCUUUGGCAUUGA